GUUAUAGUCAGAUCUUUAUUAAAAUUUCCACUAUAGAAAAUAUUUUUAACCAGCAAUAGUUACAGGAAUAUUUAACCCUACAAACAAAUUUGAACAGGACAACUGUGUUGGAAAGUUUAACAGACAGCCUCGUUUUCUCACGGAUCGUUGUUAGUUAGAACCAACCAGGCAAAGCGGGAUGGAAGUAAGGGAAGCCAAUGCCGCUAUGCUAAGCAAUUAUGAGUUCUAUGAGUUGAGUGAGGUGAUGGAAGAAAAAAGAAAGGAGAUGGUUAAGAAUAAUCUCAGCACCAUGUUUUAUGAGGUGUGUGUUUUUGAUUUUUUUUUGUGUGAUUUGGAAUAUCUAUUAAAUCAUACGCCGUGUGCUCAUCAGAAUCCAGACACUGUGAAGGAGUUCCUCACUGCUAUGCUGCCUCACAAGCUCACUAAAGCCGAGAAGUUGCAGCUGCUUAACCACAGACCUCAGACUGCUGUUGAGAUCCAGCUGAUGGUAGAGGAGAGCGAAGAAAGACUGACAGAAGAACAGAUUGAUAAACUUAUACAGAAAGUUAAGGACGUCCUGCCUGGUGACCCUCAGAAAGAAGCCAAUGCAUCGGCUGAUCCUGAGAUGGAGACAGACCAGUAACAUCACCCCUGCAAACUCAAUUAUACAUGUGUAUAUAUAUAGAGAGAGAGAGAGAGAGAGAGAGAGAGAGAGAGAGAGAGAGAUGUGUGUGUGUGUGUGUGUUUUCAUUUUCAAACACAAAAGAAACUUUCUUCAGAUUUGUUGACAGUGCUAGUGCUAAUUUUUGCUAAUAAAAAGUGAUGUCUAAGAAAACAUGUAUGUAUUGUUCCUGAUGUAUAUAUUGUACAAGCAAAAGAUAAAGAAAUACCAC